AUGGAGAUACCAAUGCAGUACUUACCAAAAAAAUUUGUUUUGAUUGAGCUUGAACUGAUCAACAACGUGCAAGAAAUUCUCAAAAAAACCAUUGAGCAGACGGAGACACAAAUACAUCGGAAUCGAUCAAUCAAAGAGGCGAUGGAGUGCAACUGGAGCGACAAAAAGGAGGCCGAGGAGUAUGACACGAUCGCAGGUGUGCUUAACAAUGGGUCCACCAACAAGCAAUUCUACUCCGACGUAGCGAAGUACCAACCUUCGGUUUCACAGGAGAAUAUGUCCAGUCCGGAACAAUGGGCACAGGUAUCACACGAUGUGAUUGUGCGAUCAGAAGCAGAACGAUUGACUAGCGAGGAUCUUCGUGGAUUGAUAACACAACUGCUCAAGGACAUAUCACGCGAUCUUAUCCAAAAAUCGGACACCAUUUGCGUGGAAUUUCAAAGGAAUAUUGACAGAUUGGAAUGCGCUAAAACAGAACAGGAACAGCAACUAAAGCAAAUUCUGGAGGAAGUUUUGGCGCAAGAACGAUGCAUCAACCAACUGAAUGAAGCGAUCAAAGCUAAGGACGAUCCUCUGAAAGUGGUCCAGACCAGACUUCACAUGCGAGAAUUCAGACCAACUAUGGAAUUGUGCAAGGAUUCCCCACAGGCCAGCCUGAUAGCAGAGGCCGAUAUGUUGGCCGAAUCUUUGGCUAUUCUCUCAAGUGAAAAAGAGAGAGCAGAGAACAAGUUGCAAAAGUUGCAAAAUCUGCAGAUGAAUUUGGAGAAAGAAAUUCAACUGAAAGAAGAAACCAUCAGAAUCGAUAAGAUACAGUGUCUACCGAGAAGACAGGCUUAUCCGUCUAGAGAACAGCUACAAGGUUAUACGUGAGGGGACCAAGGGCAAUUUUUGCAACCCGUGGAAGACAAACAUGCAACUGACUUCGUCGCUGCCCCUAGUUGAGACGUAAUCAUGUUGAAUUUGCAAUGUUUAUUAUAGAAUAUAAUCAGAUGGCUUGCAG